GUGAGAGCGCCGACUGCGCGGCUGCUAGCUGGCAGUCAUGGAGACAACGUUGAAUGGUUCGCGUCGGCUGCUCGCACUGUGCGUGGCGCUGAUUGGCUGCUGCCUCUGCUGCUGCUCCUUGGCCGCAGCUGAGCUGCAGCUGCCGAAUGCGUCCAACAUCAAGGACCUGAAUGAGCUGGGCGCCCACUACUUGCCCGCUGGCUAUGGGCCCGCCAACGUCAGCCUGGCCGACCUGCAGCGGCUGCUGGAACAGAAGUGCGCCAAGGCGAAUGCCGCGCUGCCGGCCAGCGAGGUGAAUGCGACGAAGCUGAGCGACGAUAUCCAGCAGGCUGGCGGCCGACUGAUGGAGUGCCUCAAUGGGCUGGCCAACAUCACGGUCGUGCUGGACGAGGUGGAGCGGGCGCGGCCACUGGGUGACCUGGACGUCGUCUUCGAGAAGUACUGCCUGCGCCUGCCCCAGGCCCGGCAGUGCCUCACGGACUUCAAUGCGGUGUUGCUGCCCUGUUUGACGCGCGAGGAGCGCCAGCACAAUGCCGUGAUGCAGCGCAUCAUUGGCAAGCUGCUGGACUUUGUCUGCUACAAGAACGGCGAUCAGAUAGCCCUGUUCAUUGCCGAGCAGGGGCCGGAGUGCCUCGAGCAGCACAAGGACAAUGUGGGCCGCUGCCUGGAGAAGUCCUUUGGCCACUAUAUGCCCAGCCAGCUGAACAUAUCGACGGUGGAGCUGCCCGAGCUGGUGCUCGGCUCGCGCCAGUGCACCGAGCUGCACGACUUCGAGAACUGUGUGGUGCGCCACUUGGAGAACUGCACCAACAUCACGCCCAGCAACAUCGUCGAGUCGAUGUUCCGCUACGUGCGCAAGGAGUCCAACUGCCAGCAGGUCGUCGAUCGCGUCACCCGGGACCACAGCGAGGCGCUCACCCAGCGCGCUGGCGCAGCGCCCAGCUGGUCCCAUUCAGCGGGAGCAGCUGCGGCGACGAUUACCCUGGCUCUGGGCUUGGCCGUAAUGUAGUGAAUUUAGCUCUAGAGAUUAUCUCAAAUGCGGUGCAUUGUACAACCUUUGUUCAUGCUUG